GCCGAGGCCCAAAGCACAUUGUUUGGUAUUGUUCUUUUCUCGUGGACAAACCACAAGCACGUUUCCGCGCAUUACGGCUAUGUUAUUUGUUUCCUGGAAGCAGUAAGUGCCGACAACUCACAACGGAUCUGCCACCGCAGUGCUGUGCGAGCGAUGGCAGGGCCAGAAGAUCCGGAUGAAGAUUGGGCUGCUUUCGCAUCCCAAUCGUUGGAAGAUGGCCGAAGGGAGGAAAGCUUGCAGAUUCUUUCACAAGACACUUCUGAAGCAGAUGCAUGCAGAAGUAGUGCCUCAGAUGAGGGUGAUGAUCCUGUAGAGAUGGCCGCUCCGUUUUUGCCACCCUCGCCGGAUGAUGAAGACGUUCCAUUGAAGCCAAGCAAUGGAGAUGCAUGGUGGGUGAAGUUGCUGAAGACACACACCGCAAACAAGAAGCCAGGUGGCGUGGUUCCUUCCGGGCUGGUGACGGUGCUGAGUGCGUGCAGUGGUGGCCUCACGGACCUUGGGAUCGACUUCAAAGUGGUUUCUGUGUCAGAUCCGUGUCGGGCCUAUCGCGAGUUCUGCUGCGCAAACCACGACAGCAUUGAGCACGUUCAUUUGAAUAUGUCAGACCAGAUCCAUGGCGCAGCUUGUGAGAAGCAUUCUCAUGCAGAGAGUUGCGUGAUCCAUGAUGAGCCAAUGCUUGCGGUUUUGGGCACCCCGUGCCCUCCUUUCUCAGUCCAGAGGGCAAAGCGGUUCAAGAGUGGCACAGUGAAGCAUCACAAGUCAUACAACACAACUUUCGAAUCCGCGCUGCUGUUCCUGGAGACCUUUAACCCUGUAACGGCGGUCCUCGAGCAAGUUCCAGGGUUUGAUCAGCUCGAGACUGCUGGCGAUUCAGUGUUCCUGCAAAAGCUGUCGGAAGCCGACACCAAGCACGGCUACUAUGUUGCAGUCCAGCGGUUGGACCUGGCCACCGCCGCUGCGCCGGCCCCAGUGGCCCCAGUGACUGCAGUGGUGCCCAGCAGAGGGUCUGAAGGGUGCGCCAGAGCCAGGGCUGCAAAGGCUGCCAAAAUUGCCAAUGUUCGGCAGCAGCAGCUAGAUGCAGACGAGUUACGGUUACAACACUUGGACUUUGAUCAGCCCUUGCAGUCCGGUUUGUUGCAGUAUCGGAGAAUCGGGUCUGAUUUGCAGCAGAAGCUGCUGUUGGAGGCGACCCGAAGGUUGUCUGGAGAGCAAACCUCGUCGACAUCAAGCAAUGCCAGCAAUGCGUAUGUUCAGAAGCUCCUGCAUAAGCUACGGCCCGUGAUGUCUUUCACAGCACAGGCGGUUCAUGGCGACUCAGAUAUAGACGAUAACCGCCACAACGCCAAGAAUAGCUUGUUGCGGGCUGCAGCGGCGAUCAUGGAUGGAGCAAAGAUGGUGUGUGGCAAUUUUUUCUGUGUCGUGCAGGAUGCCAUGCAAAAUGGAGCCGAACUCUUGCUUCUAGUCAAAAAACGCCGCUAUGACGAGACUCCUUUGCGGCUGCGUGCCAAAGCAAGACAGGAGGAUGACGAUGACGAGAAGGCCAAACCCAUGAAAGUCAUUCAAAGCGAGAUGUCCGUGGGUGUUUUGCUUAAGCGAUGUGACAAGUUCAUGUUUGUCAAGACAGUGCUACCAAGCCAAUUGCAUGUUGCUGAUGCGGUCACGGCCGAAACGCUGAGGGAGUGUCAGCAGAGGCUGGAAGACAUUCCAGAAUUGGCCCGGCUGGCACUAAAUGCACGCUUGAAGCUGCAGCUGGUAGUGACAGACCGUGCCGCAUCAAAUAUCAAAUGCGAAUCUGGUAUUCAGCUGCACGAUGCGACGUGGACAAAAGCACAUGUAUUUUGCAAAGUGCACAAAGUUGCGCAACAACAGUCGGCAACAUCAAAACUUUGUGAUGGCCAUAUCUCAGGUUUGGUCAGUUUGGCGCUUGGCAUGCAGAUGGCAGGAAGCACCAAUAAAAUGCGCAAAUGCUUGAUGGUAGUGCUGCGGAAACGAGUGCGUGUGCAUGUAGGCACUCCUCCACUGGACCCGGCCAGAGACGAGUAUCGCAACGAGGUUUACGACCUCUGCCUGUCCAAAUGCUGCACAAGGGCAGACCGAGCUGAGCAUGAGGCUCAGCAAGCCAACAGACUGAGGCAGAAACAGCGUCUUGUUUUCGAACAUUUCUUUCAUGGAAGCGACUUUCGACAGUAUUUCAUUGACCUUUUCAUUCCUCAGCUUCGAACUUUGGAAGACAUCUGGAAAGAGCUCGAGACAAGCCUUGUGCCCUAUUUGCUCCCGCAUAGAUGUCCAAUGUUCCAUCGAAGCCGAUGGACAGGGGGGGACCUGGCAUUGGACUGGAUGUUGCUCAUGAGCCUCACUUUCGACUUGAUGUCGGAGGUGGUGCCAAUGUGGGCCGGUGCUGAUAUACCAUCCGGCCCUCCAGGCCAUGCCGCAGGAGCCGCAGAAGCUGAGGAGGACUGCUGGGAAUCACUUUGCCAGGACUUGGUUCCUUCUGCAGAAGUCGGUGAAGGCGGGCAGCAGCAGCAGCUCAGUUGGGCCGAAUUCAAUGCGGCCAUGAAGAAGAAGGCAGCAGAAUUUGCCAUUCGGAAACCGGCUGGGGCAUUGGCACUUCUGAGAUCGGUGAUGGAGUUAAACUUCAAGCUCCUUUACCAUGCCCUGCACGUAUCGUCGGAUGCAUGGCAGAACGAGCAAGCAGCCAAAGCUUCCAAUGUUCCCUGCAGUCGCAUCUUGGACGAGUAUGCCGGCAAACAUGUGCAUCGCUUUGCAGACGAGCUUCAGGAAGCUUUCAUGUCGGUGCCCAAGGCCAUUCCACCGGCUGCAUGUGCCAGGAACAUGCGGACACUCCAUUUCAGGUUGCUUAGCCGAGCUGGUGCUGCGCAUCAUCAACUCCUGGAGCGUUUCAGAUGCGCUUUCCCCACUCAGAUGUUUGGGGCCUUGCUUGGGAAUACCAGUGUUUUGACUGCGAAGCCGUGUCUGCUGGAUGAGCUUUCGACAAAGGUCCGGCAGAUGUUUGGCACGCCAAGCUUGCUUGGCAGUGCCGAGGCUCGGGCAGUCCUGGCCUCGAUAGCGGAGCUUUGGGAGCUGGACAUAGCGGCUAUAGAGGCAAAGCAUGCUUCUGUACGUCGGGCAUUGACUAGUCGGGGUGUCCAGGCACCACAGCCUUUUCUGUCAGUUGUCAGUGCCGAUUUUGUUGUGCAACAAUGUGCCAGACAAAAUCUACAGCACUCGUCAUGGAAGGACCAACAGUCUGCCAGGCUAGGGCGGUUUUCACGGCGCCCACAGACAUCUGUCAGUGACUCCCAGAAGCAGAAUGCGGCUGAUAGCGAUGCAGAAGAGGCCGGCCAUGAGAGUGAGAACAAGAAGAAGAAACGCAAGCAGGAGCAUGGUUCCAAACCCGGCGGUAAAUGGAAAGCUUUUUGUGCUGUCAAUGCAAAGGGAAAACAAAUCAACAAGGAGGUCGGAAAAGAGCUGUCCGACCAGUACCAUAAUUUGCAGCCAGAAGACGAUGCCUGGUACCAGGAGUUGGGCGAGAUGGCCAAGGCUGCUGGAUUAGCUGGACACAAGCCUUUUCCAAAGCAGCCUGCAGCAGACCAGGGUGUGCUUGUCCAUGCCCCUGAGCACUUGACCUCAGCCUUGUGUGCUUUGGGUUCGGACUUGCGCAAGCAAAGUGCAGCUCGAGUGGCCCGCAGCAAGCAAAUUCAGGAUGCGAUUUCUGACAUGGCCCCCUUUGACAAGCUUUCUCCAGAGCACAAGGAAGCUGUGCAAACAGUCUGCAACAUCCGGGAGGCCGACCGGCAACACUUCAAGCGGAGUUCUUCUCAGGCGGAUUCCAUGGCGAUGUUGCAUUGGAUACCGCCAGUUGCGCCGUUUGCAGAGGCCGCACUUGCGGAUCCCAGAAUGCGUGGUCGAGGAGCAACUGCUGGACUUAAAACGGGUUUGGGUGAAGCUUGGGAGAAAUGCCACAACAUGAUCGUCGAUGAGACAUUACCCAGAAUCAAAGAUUCAGAGUUGGCCGAUUUGUUUCAGGCUACAGAAUGCCAUCGACUUUCCUUGUGCGUUUGCCAUGGCAGAGGCGAGCAAGCAAAAUUGUGCUGUGACAAGACAAUUCAGUUGAUCAGACCUUUGCUUGCAGUUAAGAAGCGGACGCGCGGUCCGGACAAUAAGUUCAUCGAGAAAGAGCCUGAGAGAACCCGUGCUCGGAUGCUGGCCGAAUCUGCCGAGCUCAUUGUUUGCUUCUCGGAAGUGGAGGAGGGCGAGAGCAAGGAUUCCGACCGGCAAGCCGAGCACCACUGCGAUGGCUGGGCUGAUUUUUUAAUGGGGGCACCGGCCGGUCAGACCGGCAGCUGCAUUGAAGAGAGACAGGUGCCAUUGCCGAUGGAGCCUUCAGACAAGAUUUGGUUUCAUUUCGGUUAUGUCAAUUUCCGAUCUUGGGAAAGUACCGGCUUGUGUUUACAUGAUUGCCCCUCAGAUUCAGACUCUGGGGGAGAGGCUGGGCAAGAAGGGCGGCAUGAGAGCUUGCAGACAUUGGUUGUGCACGACGAGGAAGUGGUUUUUCGGACUCUGUUGGAGACCAUGCAUGCAAAAAUGGAUUUGAAUCGCUCCUGGCAUGCUGAGCUUUACGAGAUCGUGUCAUUGCCCAUUCUUGUGCGGCAUGCCAACAUGAAGCCGGAUCGUGUUCAGGUCCGGGCGAUGCGGAUGAGUGGACACGAAGCUCCGCUUCUCGUCUGGAAGGGUGCAGCUGCGGAAAAAGCAGAGCGCGAAGCUGCUGAGCAGGCGAAGAGGACACGGGACCAACGAGCUCAGGCAAAGCCAAAGCAGCAGCGAGGAGCAGAGCCUCGCCUACGUCCACAUCUUCCUGCUUUGAUGGUGCAACAGCAACAGGCAUCCCAUUCGGCCGUGCAGCCAGAGCCUGGCGACCAGCUACCGUCUGAACCGGCACCGCCUUCGCCAGACUUUCCUGAUGGUGUGCCAGACCAGGACCUUGGUGAGUGUGAAGUCUUGGACUUUGGCUUCGACCUGUCGGAUUCGGAAACAGAAGCCACACCUGCAUGGCUGAAACAAGCUUCUGAGAUUAUCGACUUGGAACUCCUGGCGGCAUCUGCGCUUGAUGCUGAGGAGGAUGAACUCCUUGAGGAGAACAAAGCAGAUGAUCCACAAGGUCGGAUGGCGAUUUCUUUCUAA